UGUUUAAGGUUUGCAAGUGCACUUGUUUACUUCCCACCCUCGGCGAUGAUUGUGUUUUUAAUUGCCCUGUGCAUCGCGGAUGGAGCGCUCGCCCAAAUCCGCUACUCUGUACCGGAGGAAGCUGACCAUGGCACCUUGGUGGGAAAUAUCGCCGAGGACCUGGGACUGGACCUUACUAAACUGGCAUCCCGCCAUUUCCAAGUGGUGCCCAGUUCUCGCACACCUUAUCUGGAGGUGAACAUGGAAAACGGCGUCCUGUUUGUGAACGAGAAAAUUGACAGAGAGCAGAUAUGCAAGCAGAGCGCAAGCUGCCAGCUCAACAUGGAGGUGUUUUUGGAGAACCCGCUGGAGCUUUUCCGAGUCGAGAUAGAAGUAGUGGACAUCAACGACAACCCGCCUAGCUUCCCCGAAACGGACAUCAUGGUGGAAAUUUCCGAAAGCGCGACUCCCGGGACGCGUUUCCCGCUGGAAAGCGCGUUCGACCAGGACGUGGGUUCCAAUUCCUUGCGCACGUAUGAUAUCACCACCAACAACUACUUUUACCUGGACGUGCAGACUCAAACAGACGGGAACAAAUUCGCUGAGCUAGUGCUGGAGAAGCCCCUGGACAGAGAGCAGCAGGCGGCUCACAGGUACGUGUUGACAGCGGUGGACGGCGGCCAACCUCCCCGGACAGGCACCGCUCUCUUAGUGGUUAAAGUGCUCGACUCCAACGAUAACGUGCCUGUGUUUGAGCAACCAGUUUACUCCGUAACACUCUCUGAAAACGCACCAGCCGGCACGCUGGUUAUCCAACUAAACGCCACUGACAUGGACGAGGGACUUAACGGCGAAAUAGCUUAUUCUUUUAGUAACCACAUCUCCAACCGUGUUAAAGAAAUCUUCAGCAUACAUCAGCGCACGGGUCGCAUCGAAGUGCGAGGAGAGCUGGAUUUUGAGGAGAGCAGCCUGUACCAAAUUUUUGUCCAAGCCAAGGAUAUGGGGCCGAACGCCGUGCCUGCGCAUUGCAAGGUGCUCGUCACAGUCAUGGACGUGAAUGACAAUGCACCAGAAAUCACCUUCAGCACUGUUACAGAGUCUGUAAGUGAAAAUGCGGCCCCUGGCACUGUCAUCGCCUUGCUGAGUGUGACAGACUUGGAUGCUGGGGAGAAUGGACAAAUGAACGUGGAAAUCCUAGGAGAAGUCCCCUUUAAAUUAAAAUCAUCAUUUAGGAAUUAUUUCACCAUUGUGACAGACGGGCUGUUGAAUAGGGAGCAGGCAGACUCUUAUUCAGUGACUGUAGUCGCGAGGGAUAAAGGAUCACCUUCUCUUGCCACAAGCAAGUCCAUUAAAGUCCGAGUGUCAGAUGAAAAUGACAACGCCCCCACAUUUACGCAAGCCACAUAUGAUGUAUACGUGACUGAAAAUAAUGUGCCAGGGGCGUAUAUACACGCCGUGACCGCUUUGGAUCCUGACAUAGGGCAGAAUGCGCUCAUCACUUAUUCCAUAUUAGAAUGCAACAUCCAAGGCAUGUCAGUGAAAACAUAUGUGUCAAUUAAUGAGGAGACAGGGUACUUAUAUGCGCUCAGGUCUUUUGACUAUGAACAACUGAAGGAUUUCACUUUUGUGGUCCAAGCUAAAGACGCGGGCACCCCUGAGCUCUCCACUAAUGCCACUGUUAAAGUUAUCAUUGUGGACCAGAAUGACAACACCCCACUGGUAUUAGCCCCUGUGGGGAAGAACGGCACGGCGAAAGAACCUCUCCCUCGCUCAGCUGAGCCCGGUUACUUGGUGACGCGCAUUGUGGCAAUGGAUGCCGACGAUGGCGAGAACGCCAGGCUUUCCUACAGCAUUCAAAGGGGCAAUGAGAAUGGAAUGUUCAGGAUGGAUUGGCGGACAGGCGAACUCCGUACGGCGAGACGAGUGUCCCCUAAACGAGACCCUCAUCAGUUGUACGACCUGCUGAUAGAGGUGAGGGACCACGGUCAGCCUCCGCUGUCCUCUAGUGCUAGCAUACUGGUGGUGUUGGUGGACAGCGUGGCACAGGGUCGCGGCACCGGGGACCGAGGAAGUGCUUUUAAAGCUAAAGACAGCACGCUGAACCUCACGCUCAUCAUCAUCAUCGCCUUGGUCUCUGUCUCCUUGAUAUUCCUCCUGGUAAUGAUUGUGCUGGCCGUGCGUUGCCAGAAGGACAAAAAGGUCAACAUUUACACUUGCCUGACCAGCGACUAUUGCUUGGGCUGUAGCUCCUGUUGCUCACGACAAGGCCGGGCCCGCAAGAAAAAGCUGACCAAAUCUGAUAUUAUGCUUGUGCAAAGCGCUGUGAAUGUCACUGGGACAGGUACAGCUCAAGUCCCUGUGGAGGAGUCAGGCAGUUUUGGCUCACACCACCAAAAUCAGAAUUAUUGUUACCAGGUAUGUCUGACUCCUGAGUCUGCUAAAACUGACCUCAUGUUCCUAAAGCCGUGUAGUCCGUCUAGGAGCGCAGACACGGACCACAACCCAUGUGGAGCCAUAGUAACAGGGUACACAGACCAACAGCCUGACAUCAUAUCAAAUGGCAGUAUAUUAUCAAAUGAGACCAAACAUCAGCGAGUAGAGUUAAGCUACAUGGUUGACAGGCAAAGACGUGUCAAUAGCUCAGCAUUCCAGGAGGCAGAUAUGGUCAGCUCCAAAGACAGUGGCCAUGGAGACAGUGAGCAAGGAGAUAGUGACCAUGAUGCCACAAAUAGAGGCCUUUCUUCUGGUGCGGAUCUGUUCUCUAACUGCACAGAGGAGUGCAAAGCCUUGGGGCACUCCGAUCGUUGCUGGAUGCCAAGCUUCAUGCCCACUGAUGGGCGGCAGGCCCCAGACUACCGCAGCAACCUCCAUGUGCCUGGUAUGGACUCAGUUCCGGACACAGAGGUAUUUCAAAAUUCUGAGCAAAUGGCCGAUAUGUCAUUCUUCACCUUCGGCAAGGAGACACCUGUCAAUCACCAAUACAUAUAUCAUCACCAUCAUGGUCUCCACAACCAUCACCUCAGCCACAACCAUCAUGGAAUCCCAGAGAGGAAAGAGUUUGAUGCAUUUCUGCCUAGCUCAAAAUCACCUUAUACCUCAGCAUAUAUAACACGUCGCCAG